GGAAAUUUUAAAAGUUGUUCCCUCUCUUUUCCUUACUUCUUUGUCUCAUUAAAAACUUCUGACUUGUGAGGUCUAAGCAGUAGUUGUCCAAAGGGGUUAUGAAGCAAGUACUUCUCUCUUCCUUCUCAUCUGUGUUAUUAGAUUUCUCUUCUCCUUUUCUUCUUCUCUUCUCGUCUGGGUUGAAGAGCUAGGAAUGUUUAUUCAUUCAGAUCAUCCCUCCAAGAGACUCAAAAUGAUGGAACAUGAACGAACGAGGCUAUGCAGGCCAUGUUAUUGAAAGUAAUAUCUCAUUAUGGGAAUAGGAGAACAUAUGCAAUCACAAAAAUGGAAGAAAUGUAGUCCCAAAUUUUCAAGAUUGCAGAUCAUGCACAGAUCCAUGCCAAACCACAAGGCUGAUCACUAUGAAGAUUCUGGGAAAAAAAUUGCUCUUUCCUCUGGACAAGGAUAUGAUAAAGGUAAAAUAAGGGAGAAACUGCAAUCCCAAGGCUCUAAUGCAAAGCACCAUGCAACUGAGCCAGAGGACCAACCUCUGUUGAAACCUACCAAUGAUGUGGUCCAUGAUGAUGAACAUAUGCCGCUCUCAGGGAACCCUUACUUUCAUUGCAUUAUCACGAAAUCAAAUAUCAAAUCCCUUUUUCAGUUGGUCAUUCCAGCCAAACUACAUUCAUUGCUUCCAUCAGUCAUUGUUCCUGUGGUUCUUAGUUUCCAGAACAAGUGCUGGAAGAUGAAAUAUUAUGGAGAUCGUAACUUGAAACGCUUUGAUCCCAGCUGGAGAAAUUUUGCAGUCGACAAUGAUUUGAAGGUUGGAGAUGCCUGUGUUUUUGAUCUCAUGACGAACACACGUGAGUUUAUCAAGUUCAGAGUGCAGAUUCUGAGAGGUGAUAUCCCAAAUGAAUUCCUCCGCAGUGUCAGUGGUGAGAGUUUGGAGAUGCCUAUUUCACUCGAUUAGGACUUUUUAUGCAUUAAUGAUUUGCUUAUUAGAUAUGUGUGCAUGUAUAUGUGGCUCUUAUAUCUCUACACAGGGCAUUAGCAAAUGCCAAUGCACCUAUACCUUGUUGGUCCUUAAAAAACUUACACUGUUGCAGAACAUUCAGGUGGCUGAUUCAUCUAUUAUUUGGACCCUCUAAAGACGAUCUAUGAACACCUGAUUAUGUUAUUGAACUGAGUGUUUGGCUUUUUGUGCUUAAAAA